CCAGCAGCGCCUCUCCUCACCUCCUCACCUGUCCACUGACACACACAGCUGCCCGAGAGAAACAACAAACUGACGUCAUCAUUGGGCGACUCUCUCACCUCACCUAAAAGAGCCACAACUGUCUUGAACACACUAAAAGACGACAGGCAGUGUGAAAUACACGGAGCUUCUUGCAUGUCCGCCGUGUCUCGGCGGUGUGUGGAUCUGUUGACGGCCGUGCACCGCAGCAGCAGCAGCCGCUGCCGUCGCCGCCGCCCGCAUCUGUCCGUACAGGAGCAGGCACACAGACCUGGCGAUGAUGGCGGACUGUGUCGGCUUUCAAGCGCAAAUCGCCUCGAUUAUAGAAAUAUUGGCCAAUUCUGCGGUGGCGGAGAUCUGUAAAUUGGUGGACGAUGGCUACGCGGCGCUGCGCUCCCAGAUGGAUCAGGAGCGGGAGAAGAGCGAGAAGGAGAACGAUACGCUGCGACAGAAACUGCGAGAAAUGGACGUGAAGAUGCGGAGUUACGAGAGGAAAAUGAGGAGACGAAGUCAGCGGGAGGAAAUGCACGCCGUUCAUUUUAGGCCACCCGAAGUACCUGAUGACCAUCAGCUUCUGGUGCCAGCUCUUACUACCUCCUCUGAAGAUGAACCCUUUCAACAUGUUUCAAAGCAGGAGGACACCCAGGUGUUGACUCUGGUGAAGCAGGAGAAAGUGGAGGGAGAUGACUGCAACCUGGACCUCAAGGUGGAGGUCAACAUCAGGGCAGAAUGUGGCCUGUCUACUGCCCUGGAGCCCAGUGAGGAGACCCCACCCAGUGACAUUGUUCUUGGCACCAGUGUCACCAACAUCACCACCUCCACUGCCCAGCCCUCCCCCUCUCCAACUGACGCCACAAUGGACCUGACCUGCAGGCCUCGAGCAAAACGUAAAGCCAGCAAGCCUCUAAGCAACAGUGUAACAGUCAGCAGUGGGGGGAUCCCGGGCCCUGAGGCUGUUCACAGGGACCUGGGAGGGAGCCUGACAGAUGGUGCUAUGAAGCCAGAUAUUGAGACAGGGGAUCCUACAGAAGACGAACUCCAUCAUUCUCAGCUGUCAGCCCCUGUAGCGUCAGAUGAGCCCAGCCCUGACCGCCUCAACAGCCUGGGCCUGGACCUGGCCUGGAUGCAGGAGAGGGUCAGCCAUCUUGGUGCAGCAUAUGCAGUAGCGCAGCUGGGUUUGGGGAACACAGAAACCGGCCACCCCUCUGCCUCCUUCCCCUCUCAUGGAGGAGGAGACAAUCUAGAUGGCCCUCCAACCAUGCUCUUCACAGGUGGCACUCAUGAAAUGGCUGCUUUUGCUGCCUCCUUUGACAUGGCUGCUGCCGCUGCUGUUGUGGCCGCACCCCCUCCCCCUGCAGCUCCUUCUGUCACUACGACCAGCCAGAGGCGACCUUACAGGAGCAGCACUGCCGCAACUAAAGAACCUGUGGUGUGCGCUGUGUGCGGCCGUAUCUUUCCUAGUGCAGCUGCCCUGGAGCUGCACCAACGGGUGCACACAGGGGAGAGACCUUACACCUGCCCCCACUGUGGAAAGGGCUUUGCCCAGCCCAACAACCUGCGUGUCCACCUCCUCAUCCACACUGGGGAGAGGCGUUAUCGAUGUUCACUAUGUGGGAAGAGUUUCAUCUCAUCCAGCCAUCUCAAGAGGCACCGCACAGUCCACACGCAGGAGAAGCCCUACAGCUGCUCACGCUGCGGACAGUCCUUCAGCCAAAUGUGUAGCGUCCGCAGACACCGGCAGCAGUCCCAGUGUGGCCUGUAGACAGGCUACUGGAGGGGAUGGAUUUCAUCUGGAAGGGAUACUCGUACAGUUUGGACUCUGAAGGGUGAAUGAUUGAAAUCCCUUCAUAUGGGAAUUAUAGCAUCUUAUGUGAGUAUGUAAGCACGAGCAAAUGAGAAGCAAGGCUGUAUCCUGUCAUGUCAUGGCACAUAGAAUUGAUAUAUGUCUUAAAUUAUAGCAGUAAUAUGUGACUUCUGUUUUUUAAGGUUUUUUUUCCCCCUCAAGCCCUCUGAUUCUUUUCUUACUCCUUGUUUCAAACUGACGAGACCACAGAGUGGACUAUACACGAGUGCCUGGACAGUGUUUAUAGCACUUUACCUGUCAUUUGUCAUUAAAUUGUCCUGUUUGUGACAGACUGUCUGGUUUACAUAACUUACCCAUGUGUGCUGAUCUAGAAGAGAGUUAGUCUUAGUUUAGCACGACAAAGCUGCAAUGGCUGCAAUAUAAUCCUUUUGGGCAACUCCAAAUGUCAAAGUUAUGUCCACUGCUUGUUCUUGUCACUUACAAGCUGAGGUAGUGCCUAUAAUGACAAUAUUACAGAAAUCAUUCCUGGAGAGAAACCUUUUUGUUAAAGUGUAAUUUUUUUUUGUCUCUUUGAAGGAGUAAACUGUCGUGUCUUGUUCUGAAAUCUCACAGGUGAGAUGUUACAGUUAUUGCCUCAUCUAGAUUGUCCUAAUCGGUUUAAUAGUCAGCUAUGACUUAAAAAUCCUUUAUUUAACUAAAAGGUCUCUCCAGAAUCAUCUCCAUAAUAUUGUCAGAUACUCAGAAUAACAACCUGAGCCUAUCAGUGACAAAAACGCUGUUAGAUAAUGCAACUUUGACAGUCAGUUUCCCCAAAGGAUUACUUUGUAGUCGUGUCGAGGCUGCCAGCUGAGGAGAUCUGCUAUACUGAUUCCUAAACUUUUGUAGUAUGAAUAGUUUACUUACUAAACAUGUAAAUAAAGGACCCAGGUUUAGAAAUAUUGGAAUUCCCCUUUUUAAGAAAGAAAGAAAAAAAUUUGGGCCUGUUUCAAAAGCCAGAUUCAUAUUUCUAGACAUUGCCAACCGUUGUUUGUUUUAGGGCUGCUGGGACUCAGAUAUGAAAGGAUGCCUGUAUGGUUAUUUAGUCCUUGAUCUCAGUAUUGAAUGUUCAGAAAGA